AAAUUUUACAAGUUUCUAUAAAAAGUAUUACAUAGAUUGAAGAAUACUGAGAAUACGCUAUAAGUACUAGAUCAGAGUCAACUAAACGUAGAAGAUAAAGUUGAACAAAUGGGUCUUCUAGAAGAAAUUAGACAUGAGACUAUCUCCCACAAUAUAAUAAAAGAAUCAUUAGCAUAAACACGUACUCCUAGUAACAAAAAGAAAGGUGAUAGUUGACAGCUAAAGUUAAUAGAGAGGAUGCAUAAAAGCAACAGUGCUAUUUCCAUUGACCGUAAAAUCCUUUGUCCAAAGUUAAAACUGAGUGCCAAAAUUUACGGAGGCUAUCUCAAUCUGAACCCAGUAGCUUAGAAAAACUAAAAGAACUUUUUUUUUUUUUUUUUUUUUUUUUUUGCUGACUUAGUCAAACUCAUUCGUGCAGUAGUUUCUAUAAAAUCGCAGCAAAAGAAA